AUGGUAAUCGUGCUGAAGUCGACGAUGGUGAUGAACACGAGCCGGAACUCGUACAAGCUGGACUCGCCGACGGACGGCAAGCCGUACGGCUACGCGCAGUACGCGCAGUACGCGCAGUACGGACAGCAGCAGCAGCAGGCGCCACAGGAGCAGCACGCCUACAACAGCUGGUACACCGAGGCGCCCACGCUGCCCCGCUACGAGGAGACGCCCGCCGCGGGCAAGGCCUCGCCCUCGCCGGCCGGUUCCUGCCUGGCGGCGGCGUGCGUGUGCUGCCGCCGCGACGCCGCCUCCUCCACCGCCGCACGCGACCAGAACAGCGGCACGCUCUCCUCCACCGCCAACGUGCUGUCGUCCUACGACGACGACGACGGCUUCGCGCCGCCGCGCUACCGCUACCACCAGAGCGUGGUGGACGCGAGCGGCGGCACGACCGUGCUGCGGGGCGGCCCGCCCGAGGCGCCGUGCUGGGGCGGAUCCUGCUGCUCGCGCGCACCCCCGACCCAGGACGGCUCCCUGUCCGCCCCGCCCGCCCAGGGCGAGGCCUGCUGCAGCAGCUGGUGCCGCCCCACCAUCCUGCUGCUGCUGCUCGUGCUGCUGGUGGUCGUGUUCGUGCUCAUCUCCGGCAUCCUGCUCUGCUUCAACUCCCCGGACCUCCCGCCCCAGCUUCGGGCGGACUGUGGGCGCCUGGUGUGCCCCGGCGCUAGACCAGCACGCCGCCUCGCGCGCCGCGAGUGGUUCAUUGUGGCUUCACUGCCCGGCCCUGUGUCCUCGGCCACCGGCUCGCCGUGCAAAUUGCUGCGCUGGCUGUUGGCCCGUGUGGAGCGGUUCUCUCGCAAGGAACCACUCUGCCGAGCGCGGGGCUGGAUCAGCGCUUCCAGCGGCCAGUGUGAUGGAUCCCGCGCGAGCCCGCAGCAUGUGGUGCGGCAAGGCGCUUUAGAAACCAGGUGUGAUCGAGCGACAGAUAUAGUUUACAAGCCCAGGCCUCCUAUCAUCGAAGAGCCGUGCGAGAAGACGUACUGCCAGUUCGGCGCGGACUGCGUGACGCGGCCGGACGGCAGUGCGCACUGCGAGUGUCCGCUGGGGUGCCCCGCCCCAGGGGCUGGCCAGGCGACUGUGUGCGGCACUGACGGGGUCAGCUACCCCAGCCACUGCGCCUUGCGGCUGGAGGCGUGUCGCCGCGGCCGGGACGUGCGCGUGCAGUACGGCGGCGAGUGUGAGCUGCCCGACCCGUGCCGCGACCGCCGCUGCCCCUACGGCGCGCGCUGCGUGCCGGCGCCCGACGGCCGCUCCGCCAGCUGCGAGUGCCCGCGCCGCUGCCCGCUGUACGGCGACCACCAGGCCUCGCGCCCCGUCUGCGGCCAGGACGGCGUCGACUACCGCGACCAGUGCGAGCUGCGGCGCGCCGCCUGCGCCGCCUCCAAGGAGGUGGCCGUGCGCUUCCACGGCAAGUGCGACCCGUGCCAGGCGGUGACGUGCUCGGAGCCCGAGGUGUGCCAGCUGGACGGAGACCGCAACCCCGUGUGCCGCUGCGGCGACACCUGCUCGCUCGAGUUCACGCCCGUCUGCGGCUCCGACGGCAAGACCUACUCCAACGAGUGCGUGCUGCGCCAGGAGUCCUGCAGGUCCCGGCGCGCCCUCAGGAUCAUCUACCGCGGCAAGUGCAGCUCAGGCGUGAACCCGUGCAGCUCGCUGCGCUGCGCGCCGGGCCAGGAAUGCGCCAUCAGCAAGUACGGCAUCGCGGAGUGCGCGUGCCCGCCCGACUGCGAGCCCGUGAUGCGGCCCGCGUGCGGCGACGACGGCCGCACCUACGACUCGGCCUGCGAGAUGCGGCGGCAGGCGUGCCUGGAGAAGCGCGAGGCCAGGGUCGCCUACAGCGGGCCCUGCGGCGGCACGGGACCCUGCGCCGGACAGCGCUGCGACCACGGCGGCACGUGCGUGGAGCGGGAGGGCCAGGCGGUGUGCGAGUGCCCUUCCUGCAGCGCCGAGUUCGACCCUGUGUGCGGGUCUGACGGCAUCUCCUACGGCAACGAGUGUCGCCUGCGGCUGGAGGCCUGCCAGCACUCGCGCCAGAUACGGGUCCUGUACCGCGGCCUCUGCAACGGCUGUGAAAACAAGAAGUGCGACUUCUACGCCGUGUGCGAGAGCGACGGCACGGACACGGCCAAGUGCGUCUGCCCCGAGAAGUGCCCUGAGGCGUACGCUCCAGUGUGCGGCACAGAUGGCAACACCUACAACAACGAGUGCGAACUGCGCGUGUCCUCGUGCCGCAACUCGCAGUUCGUCGUGCUGGCCUACAAGGGAGAUUGCGACCUGUGCGAGAACGUGGUGUGCAAGUUCGGUGCGCGCUGCGAGGCGGGCGAGUGCGUGUGCCCCACCAACUGCAGCACGGGCUCCAGCGAGCCGGUGUGUGCCUCCAACAUGGUCACCUACCCCAGCGAGUGUGAGCUGCAGCGCGCCUCGUGUCUGCUCCCCGUUGGCGUCCCCCCACUCGCCGUCAUCUUCUACGGCGAGUGCCGCGAGAAGUUCGGCGUGGCACUCACCACCGCCACGUCGCCGACGCUGCGGCAGACGGCGCGGCCUGGCGAAGCGCCCGAGCAGGAAGCGUGCAGAGACAUCCACUGCUACUACGACGCCACCUGUGAGCUGGGGCCGGACAACUUCCCCCGCUGCUCGUGUCGCUUCAACUGCUCGCACGAGGAGGGCGAGAGCGAGGCGGUGUGCGCGUCCGACCUGCGCAUGUACCCGUCUGCCUGCGCCAUGAGGAUGGAGGGCUGUCAGCGGCAGGAGGAGCUGCGGCUACGGCCCCUCGACCUGUGCGAAGGCAUGGAAGUGAAGCCAUGUAGCGGGCAGGCCCCGCUCGUCAGCCCAGACACCCGCAGGGACUACGACUGCGGCAAUGGCCCCAACAGACAGGACUGCCCCGCGGGGAGCUACUGCCACCAAACGUCACACUUUGCCAAGUGUUGCAAGAAAGACAUGAGUGCGAGCCUGAAGAGCUGCGAGGACUCGUGGUACGGCUGCUGCCCCGACAGCAAGACUCCGGCGCUCGGCUCCGACAACGCAGGCUGUCCGUCCAUGUGUGGCUGCAACAAGCUAGGUUCCUUCUCCGACACGUGCGACCCCAUAUCGCAGCAGUGCUCUUGUAAGCCAGGCGUGGGAGGCCUCAAGUGUGACCGCUGCGAGCCGGGAUUCUGGGGACUGCCGAAAAUAUCCGAAGGACAUGAAGGCUGCAUACCUUGCGGCUGCUCGCAGUUUGGCUCGGUGAGAGACGACUGUGAGCAGAUGACGGGCAGGUGCGUGUGCAAGCCCGGCGUGCACGGCCAGAAGUGCACCGUCUGCACGGGCGAGAACAAGGUGCUGGGACCAGGAGGCUGCACAUCCGCGGACUCCACCACUCCGGUGCCGACCUCGUGCUCCGAGCUGACGUGCUACUUCGGAGCAGUCUGCGAGGAGCAGGACAGCCACGCCAAGUGUGUUUGUCGAUUUGUGUGUUCGGAAGACUUCGACAGCAUGCAAGCGGUCUGCGGAAACGAUGGGCAGACUUACGGCUCCGAGUGCCAGCUCAAGCUAUUCGCGUGCCGCUAUCAGAAAGAUAUCGUGGUGCAAGCCCUCGGCCCUUGCAAAGAGGAAAUGUUUCCCGGCACCGACUGGCCCAUCAAGCGGUCGACGGCACACCGCUACACGGAGCCGGAGGACGUGAGCUCGCCCCUCUACAAGUCCACCCGACACCUGCUGGUCCCUGAGCCGCCCAGCCACCGCUUCUACUACAACAGCCGGCCCGAGGAGACCAACAGCCUCACCUCCGCUUCCCUGCAUCACCUCACCCGGGGCAAGAACCUGGACAACAACAUCUACUAUGCGGCGGGCUACCGACCGACCCCGGCCACCAUCAGGGUGAUUACGGCGCUGUUGGGCGACCUGUGCAAGGUGGACGCGGACUGCGAGGUCAAGUACAGUCAGUGCGUGGCCGGCAGCUGCAUCUGCAAGGAUGGUCACGCCGAGACUCCGGACAGGCAGGAAUGCCUGGCCAACACACCGCCUCUGCAGCCAACAGUGGAGUUUCAGGCGUGCGUGUCGUCACCGUGCCACCACGGCGGCAGUUGCAUUGACCUGCCGCAGGGACAGUACCGGUGUCAGUGCACGCCACAGUGGACGGGUGCGCAGUGCGCAGAGCCACUUGUGCAGCGAGCUUACCAGAUACCUUCGUUCGAUGGUCACUCCUAUGUGCAGCUUAAGAGACUGAAAGCUUACAACAAGCUGAGCCUUGAAGUCGAAUUUAUGACCUAUGCUAAUGAUGGCAUCAUUAUUUACAACCAGCAAAAGUUUGACGGGACAGGAGAUUUUAUAUCACUUGCCAUUGUAAAUGGGUACGUGGAGUUCCGCUACAACCUGGGCAACGGGCCGGUGACCAUCACAUCGCUGGACCGCGUGGAGAUGAAGAGGUUUCACCGGGUGGUGGUGAAGCGGUACCACCGGGACGGCAUGCUGAAGCUGGAUGACUCGGAGGAUGUGGCGGGGCAGUCCCAGGGCACGCUCAAGGCGCUGGACCUGGUGGAGGACGCCUUUGUCGGCUACGUGCCCACCAACGUGACCAGGGUGUUCGAGAACCUGGGCACGGCGGUCGGGCUGACAGGCUGCGUGCGCAAGCUGAAGAUUGGGCGACGCCAGGUGGAGCUGCACGAGGGCUACGACCUCAUGGUGGAGAAGGUGGUGGGGGUGCGAGAGUGCGGCGAGAACCCCUGUGCCAGCCUGCCCUGCUUCAACUCGGGCACCUGCCACGCGCUCGACUCGGAGACCUACAAGUGCGCUUGCACCCAGGAGUUCACAGGUAUCUACUGCGAGAGCAGGGUGAACCCGUGCAUCUCAGACCCCUGUAUGCUGGGGUCCACCUGCGAGGCCCUGCUUCAGGGGGGCUUCGUGUGCAAGUGCUCGCCCGGGAGGAAAGGAAAGUCCUGUCAAGAUUUGGACGCCAGCACCCACGAUGUGUUCAUCCCAGAGUUCAGCGGGGAGGCAUUCCUUGAACUGCCCCGCCUGGAAGGCGUGGGACGUGCCUUCUCUCUCCAGAUAUGGUUCAUGUCUCGGGCUGAAGAUGGCAUCCUCUUGUACAACGGACAACUUACAAGUGGGAAAGGGGAUUUCAUCUCCGUCAACCUUGUGAAAGGACACGUCCAGUUCAAGUUUGAUCUGGGAAGUGGAGCAGCGAAUCUCACGACGGCCGAGGCGAUCGCGCUCGGGGAGUGGCACUCUGCGAAGGUGACGAGGACCAACCAGGAGGGCACCCUGCAGCUGGACGACGGGGCGGUGGUGCGAGGCUCCUCCACGCCGCCCUUGAACGAGCUGAACCUCGAGCUGCCCCUCUACGUGGGCGGCGUCCCGUCCCUGGCGGAGGUGAACAGGGAUGCGGCCGUGGUGGGUGGCCUGAAGGGCGCGGUGCAGCGGCUGAUAAUCAAUGGGCAGGCGUGGAGCCUCGUGGAGCAGGCAGAGAGCGGCCUAGUGGCAGAGAUGGGAGUGACGCGCUACGAGGGAGGCCCAUGCCCGCUCAAUGCCAGCCCCUGCGCGAACGGUGGCCUUUGCCAGCCCGUCCUGGCCACAUACGUCUGCAAGUGCCCCAUGAAGUACAUCGGCAAGCACUGCGAGGAGUUUGUACAAAAUAAUGAGCUGCCGAGACCCAUCCAGUUCACUGGAGAAACAUUUUACCAGUAUGCCAACAAGGUCAGCAAAAGUACUAACAUCUCCUUUGCUACUAACGAAACAAAUAUAGAAGACGACGAAUAUGAUGUAGAAGAAGAAGAAGAAGACGAUGAGGAACCAGAUGAAAAUGAUGAAACAGAGGAAGGUAUUUACACAGAGUAUGACAUGAAUGAAGAAGGGGACAUGUAUGAUGAAGAUGACAUAGAAUUCUUCCACAGAGGAAGAAAGGGUGAGCGUACAAACCGUUAUGAGAUCACCUUCCGAACCACCGAGCUUCAUGGCCUGCUGCUGUGGAUGAACAAAGGACGGACACUGAAGGGCAACUACAUAGCCAUCGCUAUUGUCAAUGGAUACGUUGAGCUGUGCUUCAAUCUUGGCCGACAGCACACGUUUCUUCUCAUAAAGUCAAAGGUGAACGUUGCUGACGGCGCGUGGCACACGGUCGUGGCACAGCGGCGCAAGAGGCUCGGCCACCUGCAGGUUGACGAUGAGCUGCCUGCCAAGGGCGUGGCGGAACGUGGCGCGACGCUCCUCAAAACCAACGGUCGCCUGUGGAUAGGCGGUGCCCCUACGCUCCCAUCUGGUCUCCCAGCAUCCUACUACCUGGGCUUCAGUGGCUGCAUAGAGAAGAUAAGAGUCUCCAAGAAGCUACUAGACCUGUUUAACCGACUUGGAAAUGACAGGUCCCUCAUGCAUUUCUGUCACGAGAACGAUGUUUGAUCUACAAGCGCUACAGUAGCAAACACUUCACGAGGCCUGGUGACACAUUACUCAAGAUUCAGCUUCUCAGGAUCCGGAAGUGUGUUGUGCGGGUAUAAAUUUAACAGAAACACCACCUCCCUUUUAUUUUUAAAUAUUUUGGGGGGACAUAUGAGCAUAUUUUAUGGAAAACAGCAGCAAAAACGUCAUGAAGCAUUUGAAAAUUGACUUUGCUUGAGCUGAAAGUUGCAAAGAAUUUAGCCAAGAAAUAUCAAGCUCAAAUAUUUUAGGGCACUACUAUUAAUGCAAACUCAUGAAAGUCUUGGGAAAAAAAAGAGAACCUGUAGUAAAAUAAUGUACAUUGUCCAUAUCUUUCCAGUGCAUUUAAUAACUUGGCUUGUCCGGAUCUCUGAAGUUUUUGGUAAGCAUCUAUGUGAUGUAAAAAUAGAAAGUGUACACAUCUGAAAAAUUUAAGCUGGUAAACAAAAAAAAAUCAAUUUAGGGCAUUUACUUACUUUACUUGUGCUGUCAAUUGAAAAAAAAAAAAGGAAUUCAAUUUAAAAAGUAAAUAAUCUGUAGUAAUAUAAAUCUGAACUUUUUCACAAUGUUAAUGCUAUGCAGGGUUUUUGUAAAAUAAAUGUAUUAAUAUUUUAAUCAUAUAAUUUAUAAAAUUAAAAUUUGUGUUGGUACUGUUACUUUUAAGCAAAAAAAUUUUUCUUUCAGACUGCUAAAAAUCAACGAUGACAAAAAUUUCAGUUUCUGCUGUUGGGAAAAUAAUAUUAAAUCCUCAGUAAUAGCAGUUGUUAAAGCCCUUCAACUGAAGAAAAAUUGUCACACAGAGAAAUAGAAAAUGUCUGCUUAAACCAUAGCUAAAGAGUAAACAAAUUAAUAAUAUUUGUAAUCCCAGUACAUACCAAAAAAUAUGCUGUGAAAUAUCUUGGCUGGACUCAAAAUGCUCAUAAUAUUACAAAAAUUCUACCGAUUUUAUUCUGGUUUGCAUCCCUUGUAAAACCAAAUGGAAAUCUGUGACAGUAAGUUAAUGCAUACAAGGAAGACACUGUCUCUGAGACUGCUGAUAGUGCGUGUGUAAUUAGAAAAAGAAUAUUCUAGAAUGCGUAACAUGACAGUAUUAUACCUACAUGUAAUUAUUGAAAUGAGUUCAACGAUCUUCCAUAUUUUAAUACUAGAUAUGGUUAACCCAGGAUUAAAAUAUUUUCAAUGAGUUUCAUGUCUAGAUCAAAAUGUUAAGUGGAACUGAGACAUUUGAUUGCCAAAAAUUUUAUAAAUAUAUGUACAUAUGUGGUGUGAUUUGUGAGAGGCGAAUGAAUUGAAUUAAGUGUGUGUAAUAGUAUAAGUGUACCUCAGUGAUAAAUGUUUGCUUUUGAUGGGGUGUAAACAGUAUAAAGAAAGUAAGUUUGACUGUAAAAAAAAAAAGACCUUUGUUAAUUUCUGUACAUUAACUCAAAGAAGAGAUGUUAAAAUGUACUAGUUCUUACAACUGUGUAUGUAUAUACUAAGAAACUUAUGAUUUUCUUUCAACGUUUCGAAAGAAAUCACUAUCAUAUUAAUAUUAACACGCUAUGUGUAUACCUUAAGGCAAAAUUUUGCUUGCACAAGAAUUGUUAACCUAUUUUAAAUAUUAAAUGAAUUGUGAAACAUAUCAGAAAAAUAAAUCAUAAAAUAAGGCAUAAUCAUACAGAAUCAAACAAAAUAAUUCAGUUGCAACAAGCAACAACUCAAAAUUAUGCUAAGUGCAAUAAAUAUUGAGCAAAAAAAGAACAUAAUUUCAAGAUUGUGUUAUAGCAUUAGAAACUGUGUUAGUUAAUGUAUGAAAAGUUUAUGAUGAACAAAACUGCUAAUUUGGGAAACUAAUUGUUUUAUUUUAAGAAAUUGUGUAGUAGGUACCUUAUUGACUCAGUUUUCAACCACCUAUUUAAUAACCUUUUCCAGCAAACCAUCAAAAUCUGAAUUUAUGCUCUCCAAAAUAUGAUUACAGGAAAGCUUCACUAUAAUGAACAUGAAGGGACCAAAAAAUAGUUGAGUUUGUUAUACUGAAGUUCUUUCUACUGAAACAUAAGCAUUGUUAUAAAUAUGUAUACCGAUAAACACAUGAAACACCUUAAGUGUACUAAGGUUCAGUAUCUGUCAUUAGUCUAUGGCCGCUUGAAGAACCUGUUCACAUACUCUCUGCUGAUGCUUUAUCUAUGGUCAGGAGACACGUUGUAGGCAGAGCUGCCAACCUCAAAUCACACCCAUCGGUAAUGACAAUUAUAUGAAAAAAGUAUGCGUAAAUAAUUCACGAUAAAUUUUUCCUGAGGAAUUAUGACACACACAAGAUAAAACAAAGACAAGAAUAUCAAAAAAAAAAAUUAAAAAUAUAGGCCUAUGUAUAUGAAUACAAUGAAAAUUAAUGAAUCAAAGAAGAAAAAAAACUAUUUAAACAAUACAAUCAUCUGAAUAUGUAAGAUUGUCAAUAAUUGUACAGGAAAUUUUCAACCUUGCAAUUCAAAGUAUUCAAAGUUAUACUUUUGAACAACUGUCUUUUUAUUUGCUUCUUUUGUCCUGGUUGGAUAAGAACUGUCUUAUAAACAAACAACAGAAGACAAAUAAAAUAACUUGUAAACAAUAACUCUGCGUUCGUUACUUUCGUUUCUUCAGAUGUAGCAAAAACACUAUGAUAUGGAUUUAUUGCUCUUCAUGACUAUAAAAAGAUCCGCAUGUUUCUUUGAUUCAAUAUGCCAUCUACAUUCAUCCCUUCCGCAAUCGAAAAGUCACAUGUGCAUACAUUAAAAUAGCGUGGUGUUCCAAAACAUUUGAAGACAAGCAUGGCCAUUCUUUUGAAUAGUUAGGUCUUAGGUCGAAAGUUUUGAAGAAUUGCGUUCUUUACCCCCCCCCCAUAUACUUUUGUUCUGUCACACGCUUCAUUUCUACAACCAGCACUUAAGAACACAACACUAUUGAAAAACGUAAAAAAUUUCACGUCUGUAGACACGACAAAAACACUAUGAUGAAAAAAAAAUGACUUUCAAAAAAUAAAUUAAAACAACACAGGUUAGCCAAAGUACCGUACAAAAAUUAUCGUGAUGUAAGUAGCCAACAAACGAAAAGUCCGAGAAUAUGUACUAGUUGUAUCGUACAACGGACGUAAUACCAUCCCAUUAUUAUUUCAAAACACGAGAAUUAAUCUACUUAUUUCGACAGUACAUGCUACAUGCGGACACAUACUAGUUCCGUUAUUUGCGCAAACACGUGAUGUAUUCGAACUGCGUUCAUGAAACAGCGCAGCAGAAACGGAAUUUUUUCCGUUACCGUGCAGCACAAAGCCUUGUUUCCGUAAUAAACCAGCGAUGUUCUGUAAUUCCGUAAUUCGGUGUUAAAUCUGUAAUAAUUACAGAAAAUCCGUAAUGGUUGGCAGUUCUGUAGUAAGUUAUGUUUUUGUUUAUGUACACGCUGUUACGUUUGAAAAAGAAAAUUAAAAAUAAAGUACAAGUUUUUGGAUGGUAAUUUUUUUCAAAAUUUGCCUCAAGUUUGUUCGUUCAAGUGAAUAUUUUUGUUUCAGGAAGAAACAGACAGUCGUAAAAUUCGUUAAGAUGAAAUAAAAUUCAAGGUUAUUAUAUACGUUUUUGGCGGGACCAAACAAUGAGUUCGGUUAAGUGAAGUGUUUGUUUAACUGAAGUUCGCUGUACUGGUGCUUUCCUGUAUUUCCAUUUUAAACCACAUUAAAGUGCAAAUAAUAUUAUCAACAUAAUUUAUAUUAGUUUUAAGUACCAGUCAAAUGCACUGUACAAAAAAAUUAACAUAUAAAGAAAAUACACACCAUUGCACGAAGGAACAGGCAACAACCCACACCCAGUCUUGAAAUGAGAAUUUGUUGUACUGGCAUGUAUCACUACAGGAGACUCGAAGCGAGGUUAUAUUGGUAAUGUUCCACUUGUCGGUGUGUAGCUAAGCCGUCACGAGUGUCAGCUACGAUGAUCUGUGACGCUCCAAAUACCAGUGAACAGUUAACAUGUGGCACUAGCCUGGACAGUACUAGAACUUUUAAAUGUGAAGGAAUUCUGAAAUAUUUGGGGGAGCAGAUUCCAAACAACCAUCCACCCUCACACUAGGAAUAGCUAACUUAAUUAAUAGCUACACACAUACAGUAUAAAACUUGUGGGAGAUUUCUUGUGAGAGAGGAAGUAGAGGUCGGAGUGGAAAAAGAAAGAUCCCAAUGAUUGGAAUUGUGAUGUGAAGUGUCCUGCUGGAAAGUGUUUCUGGGAUCCCCAAUUUUCACAAUCAUGAUGGAUGAUGAGUAUGUGGAUGAAAUGAUGCAGGCAAUAUGCAAGGCUACAUUCAAAACUCAGUAGGAAAAUGAAAUUCAAAUAAAAACAUUGAUUUAA